AUGGCGCUUACUAUCCCCAAACUCUUGCUCAUCGCCUUGUCCGUGGCCGGCUUCUGGACUCUGUGGGGAUUCCCCUAUCAGAAUGGGCUUCUCAAGAUACUUGGAGCGCAGUCCGAAAUCGGUGCAGUCCUACCGGGACCUACAAUAGUUCCAAUGAAGCAGUCUUACACUGGGAUACGCGUGGUCGAUAAGCAAUUGACGACUUUAGUCAGCUUCUUCUACACUGCUAUUGACGGCAACCGGGCAGAUAUUUCUCUGUCGUUUAUGGCUUUGGGUGGUCAGGUCCUUGGUGCCUGGACGUUGAUUACCAUUGAAUCACUGAGAGUCGGCAACCAGGGCAAGUUCUUGCUCACUGCCACCACUUUGCUUGGACUGGGUGUUGCUAUCAUUGGAUAUGCCUGUGUCGCGCCAUUGUGGUUCGCCCUGCAUCUCUGGACAUCGCCCACUGUGAACAAUCCCAAAGAUUACAACUUGGUUGUUUCCACUCCCGUAAAACUUGCCGUUGCCCCACUCAGCAUCUUGAUCGGCUUUGGGCUUCCUUCGGUGAUCAUGACGCUACCUGCUCCGACUGUCUUGUCAUUCGAAACUAAACAGACGUGGACUGCUAUUCAGCAAGGCUGGGCGAUCUGGAUUGGCAUUGCGCACUUGAUUCUCUCCUCGGGUGCCAUCAUCUCCGACAAGAGAGCUUCCAUCUUGACCGAAGCAGACAAACGGACCAAGACAUUGAAGUAUCUUCGACGAGCUUAUGCAUUCAGCAUACUGUCCUCGACUGGCUCUUACAUCGCUGGCUUGAGUCUAACAGGACUUGCAUACGCCUUCCCAGUGUUGUUUAGCUCGACCUACUCCCCACAACUGCAACCAAAACAGGUCUACUGGCCAGUACUACCGUUCGGCGAUCACAAAGUCAAUACUCUUGCAGAUGGAGCUCUUUGGUUUCUUCAGUGGGAUCUCAUCAUUGCAGUACUGUCAAAUAUUGUCUGGGGUGUGUCGGUUCGUAUGGCAAUGAACAAGACGAAGGGCACCAUCGGGUCGUUUGUGGCUGACACUUUCAAAACCGUUCUGAUCACAUUAAUUUUGGGCCCGACUGCCGCCGCUGCUAUAGCUCUUUGGGGCCGCGACGAGUUGGUGUUCCGCAAGGCAGAUGGUGCAACUGAGAAGAACAAGAAGAAGUGA